ACAUUUUCGCCUCAGGGCUCGCCUACUUGAACUUCUUUACCUUGCAUAAGUGUAUUAGGUUUCAGAAAAUGCAGUCGACGAUUCUACGGUCCCCAGCCUUUAGCAGUGUGCGGCCAAAUGUGUGCAGCAGGCGCAGCGCUGUCACGGUACGCGCCGUGCAGGAGGUCAAGGGGCUCGUUGUAAGCACCAAGAUGAACAAGACAGUAAUUGUGGAGGCUGAGCGCCUAGCAAGCGACCCCGUUUACCAGAAGCGCAAGAAGGUCACUAAGCGCUACGCAGUUCACGACGAAUCUGGCGCGCUGAACGUUGGCGACUUCGUGCGGAUUAGCGGCUCCCGGCCACUGAGCAAGACAAAGCGCUUCACCGUGGCUGAAGUACUGCGCAAGGCGGACUAAGCGGCCAGGAGCGGAGGAGCCCCGGUGUCAUAGAUUACGAUCAUUUGGCACCUUUCAGCUUACAAAUUUUGCUAUCGACAUAGUGGUUCGGGUUCAGGUCGUGGAGGGACGUUGACGGGCCAUUUGGCGAAAUUUUGGGCAGGCGUGCUUUCGCUAAGGAGGCUCGGAGAUCUAGAGUUUUGGUGUCAAUUUGUGCUAAUAGAUAGGGACUUGUGCACAGAUAACACGGCGGCUACCAAGUGCUGGGUGCCGAGUGAACAUGUAACCCAUUACACAUGGACUCGUGAUCCCGGUCAUUGCAUUUUACAGUUGUCCUUGCC